ACGAUAAUAAUAUGAAGAUAAGCAAUAUUGUACAUCGAUUAUUAUAUUUAUCGAAUCACCUUCAGUUUGCUUUUUUCCUUCGCUAUCGCCGAACGUAACGUGUGGUAUAACGUAUUAAUCUAAUAAUGAGUGCUAAACAAAAACGUGUCGUUCUUUCUCUUGAGAAAAAAGUGUUGAUUAUUAACCGGGCUGUAGAUCAAGGUGAAAGUGUUCAAAAACUUGCAAAUUAAUUCGGCGUGGGUCAACAGACAGUUCGUGACUUGGUCAAACAAAAAAAAGGAAAUUUUCAAGUUCAUAUCUUGUGCAGAGGUAUCAGCUAAGAAGAGAAAAACUAUGAAAAAGUCAUCUUUAUCUGACAUGGAAUCUGCUCUUUUUGAAUGGUUUAAACAGAAGCGUAUUGAAGGUAUACUGAUUUCAGGGCCAAUGGUUUGUGAAAAAGCAAAAUGGUUUUAUGAACAUCUGAAAAUUGAGGAAACAUUUAAUGCUUCACAAGGCUGGUUAUUUAGGUUCAAAACUCGCCAUGGCAUAAGACAACUGGACAUUCAAGGCGAAAGCCUGAGUGGAGAUUUGACUGCUGCAGCACUAUUCAAUGACGAAUUCAAUUCAUUCCUUUCAAAAUUGAACUUGUCCCCUGACCAAGUGUACAACGCAGAUGAAUCAGGUCUAUUCUGGAAAAUGCUACCUUUGAAAACACUUGCUGCGCAAUCUGAAAAAUCAGCUCCUGGACAUAAAUCUAGUAAAGAACGACUUACUAUUAUGACUUGUUCAAAUACGACCGGUUCACAUAAGAUCAAAUUAACUGUUAUUGGGAAAGCUAAGAAACCAAGAUAUUUUAAAGGGAUAGAAAUGAAAUAUUUACCAUGUAACUAUUACCACCAUCCAAAAGCUUGGAUGAACCAGGUUAUUUUUAGUGAAUGGUUUUUUAAAGUUUUCCAUCUGUAGAAAAAUUUCAGAAUG